GGCGGCGUAGCGGCGGCGACUGCGAGCCGAGCCCGGAGCAUGGCAGGGGCCGGAGCCGCUGCGGAGGCUGCCGCUGGUUUUCCCCCUUCCUCGGCUCCUGCCGCCCGCCGGGAACUUUUCCUAGCGGCUGGUGGCGGUGCCUCCCCCCGGUGGCGGCAGCGGCGGCGGCGGCUGCGCUCGGCGGUGCCUCCCGGGCCGGGGCUGGGGCUGCUGGGGUUGGUUUUCUCUCGCUUCUGCUGCACAGGUGCUAGUGCUGUCCCUGGAGUGCAGUGGCAUGUACAAAAUUUGGAGGCAUUGAAAUGGCAAUCUUCUGCUGAAGGUGCCUUAGCUGGACCAGUUGUUGAUCCACAUGUGACAGCAGUUUGGGGGAAGAAGGUUGCACUGAAAUGCAUAAUUGAUGUAAAUGAAACAAUAACACAAGUUUCUUGGGAGAAGAUAUAUGGGAAAAGUUCACAGACUAUUGCUGUUCAUCAUCCUGAAUAUGGAAUAUCUGUUCAAGGAGAAUACCAAGGAAGAGUGGCAUUUAAAAACUACUCACUUACUGAUGCAACAAUCAUUUUAAAAAAUGUAAGCUUUUCUGAUGCAGGAGAAUAUAUUUGCAAAGCAGUUACAUUCCCACUUGGAAAUACACAGUCAUCGACAACUGUAACAGUACUGGUUGAACCUGUUGUGAGCUUAACGAAAGGACCAAACCCUCUAAUAGAUGGUGCAAACUGGACAAUAGCAGCCACUUGUACAGCAGCCACUGGAAAACCUGCUGCACAGAUUGACUGGGAAGGAGGCCUUCCCAGUGGUUUUGGUCAAAACAGAACCACCUUUGCUCCGUUUCCAAAUGGAACAGUGACAGUUGUAAACCAGUACGAGAUUAUCCCCACACGGUUUGCAAGAGGAAGACACAUAACUUGUGUUGUGAGGCACCCUGCUUUGGAAAAGGAGAUCCGAUACCCUUAUGUGUUGGACAUACAGUAUGCCCCAGAAGUUUCAGUAACUGGCUAUGAUGGAAACUGGUUCAUUGGAAGAGGGAACGUUCAGCUCAAAUGUAAUGCUGAUGCAAAUCCAUUACCUAUGGAAUUUAUGUGGAUCAGGUUGGAUGGACAGUGGCCUGAAGGAUUGCUGUCUGUCAACAAUACUCUGCAGUUCAGCAGCCCAUUGACUUAUAAUUACACUGGGACUUACAUCUGUAAGGUGACUAAUUCACUUGGUCAGAGGAGUGAUCAGAAGACUGUCUACAUAUUAGAUCCUCCUACUACUACCACUCGGCUGCCCACGGUUCCCUGGCAUCCUUCGACUGAUGGCAUCACAGGUUUAGCAACACAGCCUAGAAUAAUAGAUUUCCCAACAUCAACCUUGCCAACAAUGCAGGACGACUCUUGGGGUACCAUCAUCGGUUCUGUGGUGGGUGGGCUUCUUUUACUCUCACUUCUCAGUAUUCUGGGUGCAGUUCUCUGCUAUAGGAGAAGAAAGACGUUCCGUGGUGACUACUUUGCUAAGAGCUACAUUCCACCAUCAGAUAUGCAAAAAGAGUCUCAAAUAGAUGUUCUUCAGUCAGAUGAUGUGGAUUCUUACCCUGACAGUAUAAAAAAAGAAAUAAACCAUCCAAUGAACAUAAUAUCUAAAGAUUAUUUAGAAGACCCUGAAAAACCUGAGUUGAACAAUAUAGACAAUACUAACAGGUACCAGGAACGUUAUGAAAGACGAAUGGAUUACUAUGAAGGUGGAACAUAUGGAUUGAGUUUUAUGGCUGGUGAAUUAUACGAUGAUGAGGACUUUGUUUCUCACUUAGAUGGCGCGGUGAUAUCUCGGAGGGAGUGGUAUGUGUAGUAACCACUGAAAACUAAAAGUGUAUCUGCAGUUCAUUUCAUUGGCUGGUCACUUUCAGAUUGUUUAUACUUACACAAGAGAGGAGGAAUAAACUUUUUGAAACUGAAUUUUUUUUUUUUGAAGGUUUUUAUAUUGUAACUUGACACAAUGAAAUACUGAAUCUGGGGAAAGUGUAUUUGAGCUGCUUUUUUUCCCAAUGCUGUACUACUGUUUAAAAUUGGAGUUUUAAUGCAGAGUGCUUAUAUUGCUCUAUGUCAGAGGUAAAAAAAAGGCUAAAUUAAAGUUCCCAUUCAAUAUUGUUUAAGAAUAAAAAGUGGCUGUCUUGGUUCUCUGAUUUAAAAAGAAGUUUACCUAAGUCCAAUGAUCAAAUAUAAUCUUUUGGGGCUUUGAAUUAUUCCAGUGUAGGUACUAUCCAUGGUAAACUUAAUGCUUCUAUAUAGCAAAUACUUUACCAAUUAAAAUGAGUUACAACAGAAUUAAAGCUUUAUUUUUUAGGUUUUUUUCUGAAUAAAAACGAAUACCUCUUAGCAUUUCAAUGAGCCUUCUCGUAACUAUAUACUUAAAAGUUAAGUCAUUGCACUGAAACUAACUUAUGAACAAAAUUUUGAGGAGUAACUGUAAACAGGUCAAAGGCUUGUAUUUGAAUAAGAUGAAAAGUUAUUUUUUUAUAGUCAUUGAUUUCUAAAGCUUAUUCUAGUGUCUGUAUAUACAUACAGUAAGGUAUUUUGUUAGGCCUGUAAUUGGCAGGAUGUCAAAACUCAUUAACGCAUACAAGGUGCUCUUUGCAAGUACACAGGGUGCAAUUUUUGAGACCUGUUCCGGAGGCUAUGUGGGAAUCUUACUGUUGAACUUGAAAGCUGGAGAAUUGGACACAACUAAGGAGAAAAAUAUAGAUUCCGAAGCUGGAGGCUAAUGUGAAUUUGCUUAUUUUCCCAGGUGCCAAACAAGAGUUUUUAUGACCAGAGGUUAAAACAGCGGUUUUACGCUGCUUCCGAAUAAGUUACAAUGCUUACUUUGAAGAGGGUAACUAGUUUCAGAUUAUUAGUAGGGAAGUGGACACUUGCACUGCUACUUCAUUUGUUGAAAACACACUCUCCAGUGAUGCAACUACAGAAUCUGUGAAACAGGAAUUCUGAUGACUUGUGCGGUCUCUGUACUGCAGUGGAUUUGUUUUCCCUGCAAAUAAUCAAUACUGAUUUAACAACAUGUUCUUGUUCUUUCCAAUGACAUUGUAUCCAUUAUAUGUAGGACAUCUUGUUUGACAUCUGAAGUAGUUCUACUUUGUCUUGAGCAGAUUCUCCAGACUAAAUCUGCUGAUUAUUUAGGGAGGAAUGAAAAAACUUUAGAGGAAUUACAGAACAGUGAUAAAUUCAUACUUAGAAUAGUAGAUCUUUUGAAGUGCCAUUUUUAAGUGUUUAGCUUGAGGAAAUUGAAGCUGAUAAGGCUAUUAGUAUUUGGAACCUGAAAAGGGAAAAGUCUCUGCUACCUUUGAGGUGAAAUAGGCUGCAUUAUUACAGCUGCUUCAUGAGCAUUCAUGUUGGAAGUUCUUUUCUAGCCUCACGAUGUUUGGUAGCUUUACAGCAUUUAGAGCUUCAUGAACAUAGUUGUAUUGAGCGUUGUAGACAAUACACUGUGAUUGCAUAUGACUGCAUGUCUUCAAAAAAGAUUAAGACAACAGCUUUAUUUGAAAUUCCAAUGGAAAAGCAUCCCUAAACAACUUAAGUUUGUGUUUGGAUUAAUGGAGUACUGAUACACAAUUGACCAAAGUCUCAAGAACGAUAGCAAGUGGUUAUCUGUAGUUUGGGUGCAAACACAAGGAAAGGAGUUAAAUUUCUAGCAGAAGGUUCUGAUCCAAAUUAUUUCUGGAAUAAAGAGAUUAUACCUCUCUUCAAAUAAAAAUACUUGAUAUAUCAUCUUUAAAAGAUGGUGUUACUUUGAAAUAAACAUAACCAUAAACCAGUUUUCCACAUGGGAUAUCUUGCUUUUGUCUCUGUGGAUUUUUUUUGCUUUGAUUUUUGAAAUAUAUAUAUGUUUAAUUCCUAUGGGUUAAGAAGUUGAAAUGUUCUGGAAUUGAAGUUGAUAACACGGAUAGGGCUUAUGCGUGUUGCAAUGUUUUGUACAUUAUGUCUGCUGUAAAAAGAAUUGAUUGUAAGUACAAAUGGCUGUUGUGUGAAUAAACUUUUUGUUACAUUCUGGAAUAUAGGUAGUGUUCAAAAAUGUUUCAAAGGUAUGUUCUUAAAAAUUGAAGACAGAAAAGCACAAUAAACCCAGAGGCUGGGUAGAAUGAACUGAAGUGUUUAAACUGUUUAAGAUGGGCUUUUUAGCACUUCCCCUUGUAGACCCUAAGCUUAUAAAACAAGUGUCUUCAGGAACUAUUUUAAGAAGAUAAGAGAAUGAUAAAUGGAGAUAGUUGCUGCCAGACAACUUCACUUAAAGCAUAGCUGAUCCACUAUCUAGGAAUUACCUGCUUUAAAA